AAAAACGGUGUUCGUAAAACUAAAAUAUAGAGACAGAAAUAGUCAAAUUAAAACUUCUUCAUGUACCAAAUGAAGAAAUCGGCAGAGUUACCCCAAAAGUUUGCAUCUUGAGUCUAGUUUCUGUCAAGUUAGAUCGAGAACCGAGAUGUAAAUAAGUAAAAGGUAUCAACCUUGUGAUUCUGUCGAAUGUUUGGAGAUUUUUGGAUGAUAUUUGGGUGAUGAUUAACAUGGAUAUUAGAGUCUAUAUAUUUUUUUCAAAUCUCACGUAAUUUUUAGCUGUUUCCAAAAACUAAAAAGAGGAAGAAAUUAGUUCUCUCUAUUUUUAAAUAUGGUUAGUCCUCCAUCUUCGCUUCGUAAGCGCUUUGUACGGUGAACGUCUGAGAAAGAAAGGAAGAAACAAACAAGAAAUGAUGUUGAACCCAUUUUUGUAUUCUGCUUCUUCAAUCUUCUCCAUCCCAAAUCAAGAUGACUGUAAUCGACAUCAUCUUCCGAGUCGAUUCCAUUUGCAAGAAAUACGAAAAGUAUGAUGUCGUGAAACAGCGUGAGCUCAAUGCUUAUGGUGAUGAUGCCUUCGCUCGCCUCUUCGCCGCCGUCGAACACGAAAUCCACGCCGCUCUUCAGAAAUCUGAGGCUGCUUCAACUGAGACGAAUAGGGCUGCUGCUGUUGCGAUGAACGCUGAGGUUCGACGGAAGAAGGCUCGAUUGAUGGAUGAAGUCCCUAAGCUUCGUAAAUUGGCUCACAAGAAGGUUAAAGGGGUUCCAAAAGAAGAGCUGGAGGUCAGAGAUGAUCUUGUUCUUGCACUUGAAGAGAAGAUUAAAGCCAUACCAGAUGGGAAAACCUCAGGAGCCAAACAUUCUGGAGGAUGGGGCUCCUCCUCCUCAUUUAACAAUAUCAAGUUUGAUUCAUCAUCAGAUGGAAACUUCGAGAGCGAGUAUUUCCAGCAAAGUGAAGAAUCAAGUCAAUUUCGAAAUGAGUAUGAAAUGCGGAAGAUGAAACAGGACCAAGGUCUCGAUGUCAUAUCCGAAGGUUUGGACAUGCUGAAAAAUCUGGCUCAUGAUAUGAAUGAGGAAUUGGACAGACAAGUUCCAUUAAUCGAGGAGAUUGACUCAAAGGUGGACAAGGUGACUGAUGAGAUUAAAAAUACCAAUGUUAGGCUCAAGGAAACACUUUAUGAGGUGAGAACUAGUCAAAACUUCUGCAUUGAUAUCAUUCUUCUCUGUGUAAUUCUUGGAAUUGCUUCUUACUUGUACAACAUAUUGAGUUGAGUUGGUUUAAGAGGUUAUUUUUUCAUUGGUUGAAAUAUGGGAUGAUAGUAAAUAUGGAGAAGGAGCUAUCAACUUCAAUACUCUGGACUUUGAUGAUCUUUUCAGCUUUGUGUAUAAUUUCAUUUCAUGGGUUUAUUGUAAAAUUUAUAUCCCCUUUUUUCAUUUUGCUUUAUUGAGGUUUGUAAAUUUGUUGUUGGGGGAAGUCAAAUAUAUACAUAUAUAUAUAAUGGUUCUUUUGGAGUAAAUAGAUUUGGAACAACAAUGAUUACAUGAAAGGAAAUUGAACUUAUAAAACUUUCAAUUUCAUUGAACUUUUAACUUGUUUUUU